AUGGCGCACUCGCUCAUUCCCCCACCGGCGAAAAUGGACAUGAAAGGAGACCAGGUUUCCAACUGGCAAUUUUUCAAGUCAAGUUGGCAGAACUAUCUAGUGGCCACAGAACUGGAUAAGAAAGAUACUUCCAUCCAUGUGGCUACAUUACUCACAGUUAUGGGGAAGGAGUGCUAUGAAGUGUACGAAAAUCUGCCACUAACAGAGGAACAGAGAAAGUCACCACAGCAAAUCCUAACCAGCCUUGGAGCUCAUUUUGACCCUAAACGCAAUGUGGUGUACACACGAUUCAUGUUUAACUCCUGUAAGCAAGAGCCCAAAGAGAACAUUGACACUUUCUUGAACAGGCUGAGAAAGUUGACAACCACAUGCAAUUAUGGAGCGCUUCUCGAUGAAAUGCUCCGAGACAGGCAGGUCAUAGGAGGAGUAGGCAACAGCAUCCGUGCUCGUCUGCUGCGGGAGUCGUCACUGACAUUGCAGAAAGCCAUAGACAUAUGCCGCAGCAGUGAACAGGCAGCGAUCCACCUUCAGCACACUUUCAAAGGCAAGUGCCCAGCCUACGGGACAACUUGCUCUAAGUGCCAAAAACGCAACCACUAUGCGCAGGUUUGCCAGUCAUCGGGCAAGGACCGCACCAAACGUCAGCCACAGAAAUCCACACAGGAGCUCCACCAAAUGGAUGGAGACGAAAGUGGCAGCGACGAAAGCAUCUAUACAGUGCAGUCAAAGCCCAAGCAGCAAUACUCUGUUGAGCUAGCAGUGGAGACGCCAACAAGGGAUCUGACAAAGACCAUCAGAUUUCAGCUAGACUCUGGUGCAACUUGCAGCACCAUGAAGCUGACAGACUACAAACAGCUCAGUGACACGCCUCCGGUGCCAUCAAAGACUAAACUGAAACUGUACAAUGGCACAAUAAUUCAUCUUGUUGGAGCUGCCAGCUUGAGAUGCCAGAUCAAAGGGGUCACCAGGAAAAUCCACUUCGAGAUCGUGGAGGAUGCCCCCUCAUCUCUGCUGUCAGGUAAAGCAGCAGAAGCUCUGGGACUAAUGCAGUUCGCACAGGAGUGCUUAGUGCAUGCAGUGACAGAGUCACCGACUCAAACCAAGGAACAGGUCCUCGGUGAGUACAAAGACGUAUUCACUGGCCUUGGUCGGCUACCAGGUCACUACCACAUAGACAUUGAUCACAGUGUCACUCCAACACAGAACACCAGGCGCAGAGUACCCAUCCCGGUGUGGGCAGAGCUGAAACGAAAGCUAGACAGCAUGACAGCCCAAGGCACCAUUGCCCGGGUGACUGAGCCUACCAAGUGGAUCCACAACAUGGUAGUCGUCAGAAAGCCAAACAAAAUCAGGGUAUGCUUGGAUCCACACGGCCUGAACAAGGCCAUUCAGCGCAACCAUUACCCCAUUCCCACCGUAGACGAAGUAGCCCCGAGACUGAAGAACGCCAAGCUCUUCUAG